AUGAUAAUAAUCGUUAUUAUUUCUUCAAUUGUAUACAUCAAUUGCAUUGUUAUUUCAAAUAAUGGUUCAUAUCAAUUUCAGUCACAAAAGCAAACGUUUAAUGCAAAUGGAUAUUCAAUGCAUGAACAAAAUCAAUCACAAUCAUUUAUUCACAAUAACAAUGAUGGACAACACAUCAUUCAGAAGCAAAGUCAACAACAAAGUCAGCAUUCAUAUUCAAUCCAAUCACAAAUUCAAUAUCAAUCUCUAAACUAUACAAACUUGCAAUCAUUGAUGAAUCCACAAAACCAGAAUGAUGAUUCACAAAUUCCAGUCGAUCCAACAAAACAAUCAUCAGGUUCACAGAUAUCUAAUCAACCAGAAUCAUCUAGUCAGUCAGGAACUGACAUUGAUCCUUCACUACCUGAUAAUCAUCAACAACAACAACAAGCAACAGAACUACCCCAAGAAUCUCAGGAUAGUCAACAACAACAACCAACACAAGAAACUCAUAAUGAAGCAGAUUCUCCACAACUCCAAUUAUCACCACAAUUCGAACAGUCACAAUCUAAUAUUAGUGAUUUGAUGUUAGUUCAACUAAAUUCAUCUAAACAGUCUCGAGAACUACAAGAUAAUCAAGAUCAAUCAUCACAACAGUUACAGCCUGAAAUGCAACAACCACAUCAAAUCGAUUUAUCAUCACAAUUCGAUCAGUCACAAUCUAAUAUUAGUGAUUUGAUGUUAGUUCAACUAAAUUCAUCUAAACAGUCUCGAGAACUACAAGAUAAUCAAGAUCAAUCAUCACAACAGUUACAGCCUGAAAUACAACAACCACAUCAAAUCGAUUUAUCAUCACAAUUCGAUCAGUCACAAUCUAAUAUUAGUGAUUUGAUGUUAGUUCAACUAAAUUCAUCUAAACAGUCUCGAGAACUACAAGAUAGUCUUAAUCAAUCAUUACCACAGUUACAGCCUGAAAUACAACAACCACAUCAAAUCGAUUUAUCAUCACAAUUCGAUCAGUCACAAUCUAAUAUUAGUGAUUUGAUAUUAGUUCAACCACAACCACCUGGACAGCUCCAAGAAUCCGAUUCACAGAUUCUAAAUGUGUCAAAACCAGUAGUCGAGUCGUAUUCCAAAUUUGACGAUUCACAAAGUGGUGUACCAAAACAGUCACUCGAAGCUCAGCUCACUCCGGAUCCUCCAUUGUCCUAUCAAAACAGCAACCAUAACAACGACUAAAACAUGCUUUUGGAGAGUCACAGGUGACGUCAGAGACUCAAAUAUAGAAUGAACAACAAACGUCCUCCUGAUCAUCUGAUCAGUCACAAUCCACCGUAACUAUUAUUACUAAAUAAUAUCACUUUGAUUUGUUACACAUGACCUUCAUUCUCAAGCACAUUGUCAGCUUUAAAUUUGUAAUUACUUUUGACAGAUCACUAAUAUCACGUGGUAAA